UGUUUCUCUCUUUAUCCCUAAACUAGGCUUAGAGUUACUCGUCAGCCUAUCAAACUCCUUCGGUUUGUCUGUUUUUUCAUUUCUGUAACAACCCCAAAAGGUGAUGUUUCGCCGAACUAGCACAACCUUCGUACGGGACCCCGUACCGACCGACAGCAAGGCUUUUUAUACGUGGUUUAGCGGGCAGGCUUAUCGUCAAGAACGCACCAUCCCGGGGGGGUAUCCGGCCGUUCGCAUUUACCCCGUUUACGGCAAGCGAUGGGUGACCGGGCGUACGUUUAUGGCCGUCAUCGCCGGUAUCUCCAUCUAUGGGGCCUGGCUUCGACCGGAGCGAGAGCGCUAUAAUUUGGAGAUGAUGGUGGAGUUUAACGAACGCCAGGCAUCACAUUUGCCCUAUCAAAAAGCGGAGUUAGAUCUUCGUGCGUUUGUUUCAGCCUACAAACGCCACCGCUAUGAGCAGGAAAAUCUUAUUGAUAAAGGGUAUGUCGGGUUGACGUCGGAAUAUCGGAAGUUCUUUUAUCAUGAUGAUGUAUGGCGCCCUGCAUUGCAUGAUGUGUUUAUGCAUCCUUACAGCAAGUAUGGCGGCCCUUUUACGAGCUAUAACUGGAGUAUUGGAUACUUUUAACGGCGACAGAAGCAAGAUUGAAUCUAAAUUUGUAUAAAAAUAUUUUUUAUUUUAUUUUAAUAGUUAAAUAUCCGUAUUUAUGCUUGAGAAUGUUAUUAGUUUAAUUGUUCAAUAUUAAAUUUGAAACCAAGAUCAAAAUUAUACAUGAAGAUGAAUAUAGUUUUAUUUUAUUGCUAUUAGUGAAA